CGUUUAAUUUUAACGGUUUCGAUGAUACGUAUAAUAAAUUUAAUUAUCUACGGACGUUUUUUUUUAUUUUGGCCGCUAAUCUAUUAGUUUAUUCGUGUUUAACUUAACGAUUUCGCGAACUCUUUUUUAUCUCGUUGAUUUCAGGAAGCUCGGGCGAUGAUUUAAAGGUCGGUAAACCAGAUGAAUAUGAUAUCGUAUUUUAUGUAAUUCUACCGCAUUUGGAAGAUAUAAAAGUAUUACGCGAUUCGUCUAUGCCGGGCAACGUACACCUUGAUAUAACGGACAUUUUAAAGCAUCGUGGGGUAUCAGAUAAAUCGGAUAAUAUAUUUCAAUGGCUCGAAUCUCUCGUAAAUGAUAAAAACCUAAUUGUCGUGCAAAAAUUACAAGAUUGGAUAAAAAGUAUCGUGGCUCGCGUAAUAAAUCAAAUGCAAAAUCGUUUCGUAAUGGAUGGUCAAGUUUGUCAACUCGAAUAUAAAAAUUGCGGUCCGGCACACACUAUUUAUUUGACCGGUGCCUAUAAAUAUUCGGUCGAUUAUGUUCCAGCCAUCUAUCUAAAGGCUGAGAAGAACAUUAUAAACGUCAAUGAAUCGCAUUUAUUCGAAAACCAAACACACUUUGAAGCCAUCCCAAAGCCAAUGAAACCGUUUCGCGCAGAUAGCACUUCGUUUCGGUGUUCCUACUAUGAUGCAGAACGAUCGAUUAUUAAAAAUAAUGAAAUAUUUAAGACGGCCAUAAAGUUUGUAAAGAGAUUUCGCGACGUCAAAAGUAAUAUGAGUAAUUUUAAAAGCUAUUAUAUCAAAAUACUAUUAUUACGGUUAGUCACCAAUAAUCCGGACCUACACGCACAACCGCUCACAGUCGUUUUGUUUCGCGUAAGUAUUCGUUCGUAUUCGGGUUUCGUGUCGGAUUCCGUCGUGUUUCGUCGUCGCGCGGUGUUGCCUCGUUCGGUUUCUCGAUCCUGAUCUUGUUGUUGUGUGUUGUAUUGUAUGUCGUAACAUGUUCUCAAUGUUUGUACUUCGUCUGUAUCCUUAUGCUUUUGAGAAGUUAACUAAUAUUUUUAUUUUUCCAAAAUUACAUAGCUGUUUGAGGAGAUGGAGAAUUGCCUUAGAUCAGGAAACCUGCCAUUCUUUUGGCAUCCAGAGCUAAAUAUGCUCAGCAUCUUGACUAGAGAACAAAUACAGGAAAUGUUCAUUGUUGCAAGGAAUCACACAAAAUGUCUUUACGAUAUAAUUAACAACAAUGGAGUUUAUAGAAGACUUGAACAAUUGCGGUUCUUUUUCACCCUAAAGGAAAAACGGGUUCAGCCCUGCGAUCGAAUCAUUAAGAUGAAAAAGAAGAUAUCAUACAGAAGUAAUAUUCCUCAUUUGCGAAUGGCUCUUGAAGACGCCUAUUUCAGCAGUGGCGCAUCCUCAUGGAAUGAAAUGAGGGAAAUUAACGAUAUUUUCCCUCUAAACUUGCUACAAUUUCAACCGAUUUAUCCGUUUUCGCCUAUCCAGCAUAACUUUGAGAGCCUGAGUCCAUAUGAAACAUUUCGUAUGCGUCAACCGAUUCACCUAUUUACGCCUAUCCAGCAUAACUUAUUGAAUAUUUUUUAAUUCGUAUUCAAAUAAUUGGAUUUAAUGCUUCCCAUGGAAGCUUCCUAAAUGUGAUAUAAUUGUCCUGUUUAAAGAACAAAAAUUGUUAUAUAUAUGUACUUAUUUUUUAUUUAUUUUUUAAUAUCUCUAUAAUACUAUGUUCUGUCGAAAAAAACAUGUAUUCUUAAGUUUCAAAUUGAAUUGUAUUCAGAUUUAAUCUCUUAUAAAACAAUCUAAUUUAUUAUGUAGUUAUAGUCACUCAAUGUUUAUAAAAAUAAGAUUACACACAUUGUAUUGUUUUUUAUAAGUAAAAUGUUUAUAACUUUCGGAAAAUAAUUUAUAUAGAAUCGAAAUAUACAAAAGAUAAUUGUA